GAGGCGUGUACGACUUAUUCGGCGAGUGUCCGUGUAGCAGUGGCCACGAUCGAACGUGUACGAGUUCAGCUGCAACGCGCACGGGCAUGUGCUUCGGACAGACAUGAAGCAGGACGGCACCAACAGCCUGUCCGGGCUGUAUCUGUUCGUGGCAGCGUACGUGAGUCUCUUCGCCAUCGCCGGGGUGCUGCUCUUCGGCCCUGGCAUCUUCCCCAGGACAGUCCUGGUGCCGGAUGGCGCUGGACAGGGUGGACACGCAGCCCUGCUGAGUACCGAGAUCGACUGCGAGUCGCUCAAGAACAUCACGGAGCUGCAGUUCUUGGCCGGCGGAUGGACCAAGGCGGUGUACAAGGGCCGAUUCCUCGGCACUCCGGUGGCUGUCAAGACGGUCAACCUGGACGGGCACAGCCUGAAGGAGUGCCAGGACAAGGGACACAACAUAAGUCACUGUUAUAACCGGGCUGCGGCUAAAAUCGUCAAGGAGAUGCUUCUCCUCAGGGAGCUCGUCCACGAUAACAUCGUUAAGGUUUUGGGUUCGUGUAUUCCUCAGACGAGUGGUCCAGUUGCCAUGGUCACUGAGCUGGGCGAGCCUCUGGACACUGUUCGUCUCCUGCAGCUUGCGUGGGAGGACAGAUUGAGGUUGGUGCUUGGCAUGGCCAAAAUUCUACACCUCCUCGCCCACUCUCCUCUUGGAUCUCUAGCUAUGAACGACUUUCGUCGACAGCAAUUUGUGAUAGUGGACGGUAUCCUCAAACUCUCAGAUGUAGAUGACAUAGGUCUGGAGGAGCCAUCGUGUGAGACGCGCACAGACUGCAUCCAAGUGCUGCCACUGCAGCUGCGCAACACAUCAGAGACAUGGUGCUCACCAGAGACCAAGCGCUGUGUCGGCCACAAUGAGCGCCUCAACAUUUGGCGCGCUGGCAAACACUUCAUCCACCAGUUCCUGCCGCUAGGCGCUCCGGCCGGACUGCGGCCGCUCAUCCUCGGCCUUCUCAAGGGCUACCGUGAAGCGUCGUGGAGCUCUGCAAAAAUCCUCUCUGAGACCGAGAGCCUCGUCCACAUUUUCUCAUCAGGACAGUAUCUUGAGUCAAACGAGGUCGUCAACAUGGACAUAAAUUCUCUGCCAGGCUUUACAAUUUUAGAAGGGAAGGACCUCCCUGGCCAAUUUGACUACCCCUGUCCGGAGUCGCGAUCUGCCGUCAACUGCAUUCGCUCGGUGCACAGCCUCCAAGAGGCAGCCGACUUGUGUUCAGCUGACUAUAAAUGCAAAGCUUUUGUGAUUGGCCAUGCAAGAACCUGGACAGGCAGAGUAUUGGCCAUCUUUAAGUCAGGAGUUGGACCACCAACGCCAACCAGAGGUCACAAGCUGAUAUUCAGACGAGAUGGUCUGCAUUGAAAACCCUUUUUAGUCUCCUUUCCACGCCUGGCUGUGAUUUGUUCAUUUUAAUUUCUCGUUGAGGACCAAAGACUUUAAUUUAUAUUUAAAUUGAAAAUUGAUGUUGCUUAAUUAUAAGAUUUAAUUUAUUGAUAAUAAACAUUCGGCAAGGAAAUUAACAUCCUUUGCAAAUAAU